AUGCUUACUAACUUGGGGAAAGGUAGGAAAAACGAACCAAAUGUGGGCAUAUUCCGCCUGGCUUGCGAGCACGUGCUGCGCACGAUGCGGCGCGGGCGCGAGACGCUGCUGACGCUGCUGGAAGCGUUCUAUCACACGCCCCAACAGGCGGGCAUAACCACGACCCUGAACUCGCGCUGCUCCGUGCUAGCGGCCGCGAACUCGGUCUUCGGGCGCUGGGACGACACGAAGGCGGACGACAACAUCGACUUCAUGCCCACCAUCCUGUCGCGGUUCGACAUGAUCUUCAUCGUCAAGGACGAGCACGACCAGAACAGGGACAUUACGCUGGCCAAGCACAUAAUCUCAGUGCACAUGGGCGGCGACACGACCGAGCGCGCUGCAGCGGCGGGCGAGCUCCCUUUAGCGUUACUGCGGCGCUACUCGGCCUACUGCCGCGCGCGCUGCGGCCCGCGCCUGUCCGCCGCCGCGGCCGAGCGCCUGCGAGCCCGAUACGUGCUCAUGCGCAGCGGCGCCUCGCAGCAGGAGCGCCAGGCUGACAAGCGCCUGUCUAUACCUAUCACCGUGAGACAAUUGGAAGCCAUCGUCCGUAUAUCAGAAUCUCUUGCCAAAAUGCAACUCCAACCUUUCGCGACGGAAGCGCACGUGAGUGAGGCGCUACGACUGUUCCAAGUCUCUACCUUGGACGCCGCUAUGACUGGAAGCCUGUCCGGAGCAGAAGGCUUCACCUCGGAAGAAGAUCAUGAGAUGCUGACCCGCAUUGAAAAACAACUGAAGCGUCGGUUCGCAGUGGGCUCACAGGUGUCGGAGGCGACGGUGAUGGCCGACUUCAUGCGCCAGAAGUACCCGGAACGCGCCGUGCAGAAGGUCAUCCACGCCAUGAUCCGGCGCGGCGAGCUGCAGCACCGUCUGCAGAGGAAGAUGCUCUACCGGCUCUCGUGAGCGCGCGGCCAAUCAGUGGCGAGAGAAGUGUACCUUUCGGCAUUCUCUCUGUUUCUCAUAAUCAAAGACCACCGCUACAAAACUUAGGCUGAUUUGCACCACCUAACUUUGACCGUAACUAUAACGAUAAUCGGUGGUUUUUGUAUGGAGUUUGACAGAUUUUUUACGUUUGUCAAAGUUAAAGUAAGAUGGUGCAAUCCUGUUUACCCGUGUCUCUAUAAACACUAGCAAAACCAGUGUGCUUCAAAUACGCACCAUUGAAGCCAUUAGACAGAAUAAUUUUAACAGCCAUAGUAAAGUGUUGCUAUACUGCUGAUAAUUCGACUAUCGAUUGACCUUCAAAAUCAGUUAUCCGGUAUAAAAGUCGAUAGUAUAGGGCUGUUACGAAUACAGCAAUGGUAAACAUGAAUCCUAACAACCUUUUGCAACAAAAUAUCGACAGUGUCGUUACUACUGAUAAAACGAGUUGUUGAUCCAAUCUCGAUUAUAAGUUCUACAUCAAGUGACUUGUAUUUUUGUGUCGUAAUAAUUAAGAUAAUGUUAAAUAAUUUUAGUAUUUUUAUAAUAAAUAAAAGGAACUCAAUGCAACUUAUGAAUUUUAUUCAUCAAAGUAAAAUAAUAAUACUACAUUAACGUUUAACGCCCAAAUCAUAAAACAAAAAUCAGUUUCACUGAUACAUUUGUGUUAAA